UGCAUCUCAACGACGAGCAAGUGUGUUCGUGUGCUGGGGGGUGUGGUUCGUCAUUUCCACAGCGUCGUGAUCACGGCGCAUUUUUCUGUCGUCGUUGCCAUUGAUCUCUUGCUCUCCGAUCUUCCACCGCAUCAUCCCAUUGCACGUCCGCCCGUCUCCGGUGCCGAUCUGUGAUUCCGGCUCUCGCUCGCCAUCGACAAGUCGCCGUCCCGCAUCCGCCAUGAGCUACAUUCCACCCGAAGGAUUCAAGCCUCCACAGGCUCUCUCGCUGCCCCGGCAGCCCAAGCGCAAAGACCACGCUCGGAGCAAACCCUCAUCGAAACCUGAUCCAUCGCCAUCGCCGCAACAACAUCAAUCUAGCUCGACAUCGACAUCGUCCUCGGCCGUGCCAACGCCCAAUUGGUCUCAGGCGCCUUCCUUUGUGCCUUACGGCUCGGCCGGCGCCGGUUAUCCGUUCCAGACGACUGGCUAUCCGUUCCAGACCCACAGCAGCUUUGCAAGCAUGCAUCUCCAGCCCCAGCUGAGCUAUGGACUGCCGAUACAGACCUAUCCGACAUAUGCCCUGGGAUCGCCCGCGACUGGAUCUCUGCACCCGUACUAUGGAGCCAUGUUCCCGGGCGCCCAGGCUGCUUCGUUCGUGCCUGGCAUGGCUGGGACUCCCGCUGGCCAUGGAAUGACUCUGCCAACAGCGUAUCCCGGGUUCUCUCCCGACCCAGUUCCGCACCCAUCCGAGCCAGAGUCUUCGUUCGACUGCGAGCCCUGCGACAAAUCAUUCAAGACCGAGGCGCAGUACAAAAGCCAUAUCAAAGGACACGUCAAGUGCAAAGCAUGCAAUUAUGAGGCCCUGGCCAAGAUCCUGCUGCUCCAUGAAGAGGGCGAGCACGGCCUGGUUAACGGCGUCAAGAAAGCGCCGUUUGUGCCCACCAAUACUCCGGAGGAGAUUGCAUCAUGGAUCCAAGCCCGCAAGAAGCGAUACCCGACCGACGAGAACGUCCGACUGAAACAACGGCACGAGGAAGAAGAGAUCAAGAAGGGCAAGGUCCUCUCGGUUUCCAAACGGAAGAUUGUCCAGAAGCACAGCUGCGAGGCUGAUUCCAAGCGAUCCAAGACCGAGCCUGAGAGCUCAAAGCCAAGCGACAAUCCGCUUUCGAUGCUCUCGAGCUACGAUUCAAACGAUGAAUCGGACGGCAAGAGUAGUUCCAACAGCAGCGACAGCGAUGCAGACAGCGAUGAUGGCGGCAGUGACAAGGCGGAGAUCGACCAAGGCGACAAUGAAGAUGACAACAGCGACCGCGACCAGUCUUCCAAACGCAAGUCCUCGGACCAGCGCAAGGACUCUCGUCCAAAGAUCAACCGACCCUGUCGCUACUUUCUGCGUGGCCACUGCCAUAACGGCGACAACUGCCGUUUCCUGCACGAUCCCAGCCGACUCCGGCGCCCACAAAGCCGUGCUGCUGCUGGAUCGCAGGGCGCUUCAUCAACUUCAUCCCCGCACGACAAGCUGAAUGCCAAGCCGGGAUUGGGAGACGAUUCGGUUGCCGCCGCCGCUGCUGCUGCUGCUGCUGCUGCUGCAGCCGCUGAGCAGAAGCGACGGCCAGGUUUGCUCCGCAUGCUGUUGGAGCAGCAGAUUGUGCAAGAAAAGAACACUCUCUUGCAGUGCAUCCGAUACAUUGUCGAGCACGACUUUUUCGGAUGCGAGUGAGGAUCACGGGUGAUCUGCACAAGCUGGACAAGUUGGACAAGCUGCACAAGCUGGACGAGCCGGAUUGCUAUCGCUGCAGAUGAAUACGGGCUGCCCUUCGUCCCGAUUCCGAUUCCGAUUCCGACUCCUCUGCCUUCAUUCUCGGGGCCAUGAAUACACGCGCCCAAUAGUCAGUCGUAAUGAUCAAACACAAUCGACUCCAUACCAAGUGACUGUCAUGGACGAGCCAUGAUCAAAGCCACAAGUGUGGUCCAAUGGCACCGUGGCUGCUCGGAGCCCAGAACGCUGCGCAAGGAAGG